AAAAGAUGAUCACGGCAUAAAUUACAGACAUAUCUCAAGGGACCACUGUACCUGAAAAAAAAUACUAAAGUACAGUAGUUAAAUACUUCAUUACUCCCACACACUGCUACUUUAUAAAGCCUAUGACGGAGUUUGGCGUCGGAAAUAGGACAAAGCAGCUACACGUUGGUAUGUGGCAGCCGCAUGUGCUGCAUUUAGACUCUGACACACACACACACACGGGAAUGUUGCUGGAACUUUCUGCUGCGUGUAUAUAAGCGGCAGGGAUGCCCCCAACGCCAGACACUCCAGAACCCAAGCUGUGAGGAUCAAGAACAAGCAGAAUGUUGUGCCCCACCGUCUUCCAGCCAUCCGCCGCUCUAAGACCCUUCAUGGACACUCACUGGCCCAUCCGCAGCCUGUGGCCAGAGACGAGGCCUCUCUUCUACCACAUCGAGCAGGAGAUGCUGCGCCACAUGCAGGAAAUGAGGCAGAACAUGGAGUACAUGGAGAGGUUGCACCAAAAGAUCUUCGAGGAGAUCGACCACACGCCGGCGACGGCCACCUUCAGGCCCAUCGCCUUCCACGAGCUGAGGCCUGAGGGAGGAAGCUUUGCGCUCAGCCUGGACACCCAGGAGUUCUCCCCAGAGGAGUUGUCCGUGAAGCAGGUGGGCCGGAAGCUAAGGGUGAGCGGAAAGACGGAGAAGAAGCAGGAGGAUGGCAAAGGCUCGUACUCCUACAGAUGUCAAGAGUUCAGGCAGGAGCUGGACCUGCCGGACGGCGUGGACCCCGAGGCCAUCACCUGCUCGCUGGUGGGGGGGCGGCUGCAGAUCCAGGCGCCGCGGGAGAAAGCGACAGGGGACGGGAAGGAGCGAGUGGUGCCCAUCAACGUCGCCCCUGCGCCGGCCAUCGCAGCGGCCGCAACGCCAUCCACCGAGGUCAACGACUCGUCAACUCUUGAGAACUGACACAGUGAGACCUGGAGUAAUCUGAUGGACAGAACAUGCUUUAGAACAAGCCUUGUAUUUCUGAUGUUUUAGCCAGUAAUUAUGAAUCAUGUCAACUCCAAAAAACAAAAAAAAAACACUGAGUCACAUUCUAUUUCCAACAAUGAUGGACGAUGCCGUGGAGAACAUUCUUUUCAGGCAUGCCGCAUCACUGUAAAGUUAUUUAUAUACGUGGCCUCAUUAGGGCAACAAAGUGUGUGGUCAUUUUACGAUAGAAUAUAAGUUCUUGUGUUUUCUGAAACCCACAUACAUAAUUUAAUACAAUAAUACAAAGAAAUAAACAGUUUGUGUGUCAUGAAUUAA